AUGCGGCACUAAUUACUUCAGGUAUAUUUCAUUAUUAUUCGUAACUUUUAGUCAAAUAUUGAGCUUAAUGAUAUAUAAUUACAGUUGAUUGAUCUCUAAAAAUAAUGUAGCUAAGGAGGUGUGAAUUAUUUCACCAUCAUAUUGGGCGAAUUAAACUAAACAAUAGAUAGACUAUAUAAAAUUCACCCUGAUGAUGUUUUGGAUUUAGAUCAAUACAAAAAGGUUAUUCAUAAAUUUGAGAAGGCAAGGGCUGACUUUCUAGGAAAAAUAUAAGGCAAUGAAAAUAAGCCCUAAGCUAUUACAACCGAAAAUGUAAAAUCACUUGAAAUUAUAUUCAGUCAAUUGAGAUAUUUGCUAACAAGAUUCGGAAGAGUUAUUAAUUUUGUUGAUGCACUUAAUUAAGCAUACAAAAGAAAGUAGUUCACUAAUAGCAACAGUUUUAAGCUCUAGGCUCCGGUCAUUAAAAGAAUUUUGGAGCAAGAAAGUAUGGGUGGUAACGAUAGUGACAACAAUAACUACAGAGGAUCUUUAGGUCGCAGAAACUUAAGAUCGCCUUCCUCAAACUCUUCUCAUAGUAGCAACAAAUACUCCCUGUCACUUGCAUCUACUAAUAAAGAAACUAAUUAAACGAGAGACAAUGCUUCAACAAUGACUAAUUAUGGAGGUGAGAGGUAUACUUAUCUAAAAAAUUAAUUAAUGAGCAAGGAUGGAAGUGUCCUGAACUAAUCCCUAAUAAAUCAAGACAAAAUUAGAGAGAUUCUUGAGGAAUUGACUCAUGGUGAGAAGAGACAUGUCUUCGAAAAAUACAUGAUAAAUUUGUCUCAGAAAUGGAGAGAUGAAUAUGAAGAUGAGAGAAAGAAUAAAAUUCCGACCAUCGUUUGUAGAGUCUGCUCGAAGGAUUUUUAUGUAGAUAAGCAAAUUGAACAUUCCAAGUACUGUGUUGAAAAAAUAGCGAAGUAGAAAGAACAAUAUCCAUAAAAUUAAAAAUUUCUGGAAAUAUCUAACAAGCUAACAGAAUGUAUGGUGCAUGUUCAGAAGACUAACGUUAUGAAUACACCUCGAAUCACAGCAACUUAAAAAUUAAACAUUCUCUAGACUCCUACACUUAUGAGGAGAGCUCUUCCUUAACUUGACUGUCAAUCAGUAGAUGGGGCAGAAGCAACCUAAAUAAUCAUCCAAAAAGGAUCAAUAGACUAAGUAAAAUUAGAAAAUAAUGAUGCUUCAACACCUUCAUUCAAGAAUUCAAUCACAGUAUAAGAACCUGUUCUAACUCUUAAAAAAAAUACAUCUUUAGUUCCAAUGCUGAAUCUUUCAAAGGUUCCCUAACUUCAACAUGCAAAUACUUAAAAGAAUCUUCUAGCAACUGUAAACCCUUUUUAAAAAUUGCAAAUGCUUGCAGCAGGUAAUGUAUAGCUUCAAAACUAAUAGAAAAUUGCUGAAGAUAGUAAAUUAAAUACCUAUAGAAAUAGUCUACUUCUCCCAGCACCCUUGACUUCUAAAGGAGACAAUAAAAAGGUAAGUAGUACUAUGAAUACGUUGAGAGGUCUUGAAAAGGGUAAGGAGAUAAAGCAGUUCGAAAAUUUAGGAACUUCAUAACCUAGUUCCUUUAUAUCAUCUGUGUUUGUAGAUACAUCAUCAGCAUAAGCUAAAAAUAAUGAAAAUGAUUAAAGUAAAAAUCUACAAGAUGAUAAAGAAGAUGAUUACGAGGAAUUAAAGAUAGAGGAGAACUCUCCAGAGACAAAACCAAAAGCAAAUAAGAGACUUACUGAGGAAUUUAAACAACUUAAGAUUUAAGAAAUAAAAAAUUAGACAACAUUACCAAAAGUAGAGGAAAUGAAAGUAAUACCAAUGAAAAAUUAUCUAGCUUCAAUUACUUCAAUUAGGCAAAAUAAGGGACCAGAAUAGAAAAAGAUAGAGAUUGAACUACUAGGUAAGGCAUAAACAACAGUCUAAGCAGACAAAAAAAUAGCUAAUAAUUAGGUAAAGCAGGAAAAAUCUAAAAAAUUGACACUUGCUGACAAAAAAAGCUAAAAUCACAAUAUAAGUUCCUUGAACCUUCCUUAGAGUCCUUACCUAACAGCAAUGAAAAGAAGAUUUGAAAAUAAUGUUAACAAUCAAAGUAAUAAGACUUCUACAAUGAAUAUUGAUGAAAUAAGCAAUAAAAAUCAGAUAACUUCCCCUUUUGUUAAAUUUAGCAAAGAAAUGCCUAAGGAAAUGAAAAGAGAAUAUUUACAAAAACUUAAAAAUCAUGUCGAAAGCAUAACUAAAAAAGUAGAUAUCAAGCCAAAAGAUUAAAAGUCAGCUGCUAAGAAUUAAUCAAUAUCAAAUGCUUUUACUCUUGAUAUAAAGAACUAAAAGGAGGAGUCUUAGAAGAAUAUAGAUAAUCUGAGGAAAUCUGUUAAGUUAAAAAAAAGAGCUAACCCUCUAGAAAAAAUUAUCACUAAGCUCAUAAUUUCUGAAGUUGAUGAACAACCAACUCCAAACUUCUAAAAGAUAUCCAGUUUUAGAGCUAGUCCAGCCAAACAAAUGAACCUUAAUAGAUUAUCCUCUUCAAGUUUAUAGAAUGCCUAAAAUCCACAAAAUUCUGAUAGUGGAGGCUUGUAAUCUUUUAAAAUUUCAAAGCUCAACCAUCUUUAAUCUAUAAUAGAAGACAAUGAGGAUGAACAUAUUUAAAAUAACAAUUAAAACAGCAAUAACAUGCUUAAAAUUGAGGAAUAAAAGUCUAUUUCCUCUAUUUCUUAAUAAAAUGAAGGCUAAGAUCUUCGAGAAAAUAUUGAUAAGAAAAUAGAGGAUUUGGGUAAAUUGCCUAAAAACACAAAAUUCACUGGUAUGUCUCCUAUUAUCACAUUUAGAGCAUUAAAUAAGUUCAGUAAUGACUAAAGCUCGUAAAAUACUCCCCUUAGCACCCCUUAAAUUAUGCCAAGGAACGCCUUUUCUUACAGAGAAGGAUAGCAAAAUCUAAAUGACUCUUUUAAUAACGAUGACAUAUCUUAACAUCAACUACAUUUACUUUAAAAUGCUAAGAAGGAAUUAGAUUUGCUUGAAAACUUGAAAACCAUGGCUAUCGAAAUAUUCAAUAUUGGUCUCUAGAUCAAAUCUUCAAAGCAAUAGCUAGAAAUAUUAAAAAAGCAUCAUUCCUAAUUAAACUAUUUAAUGCUAAAUGAAAACUUGAGUGUCAGAACAUAAAAUAUGGUAGAGUCAUUUGUUUAAACAAUCAAUGAAAAAGUAAUGAUCCUUGAAUAACUUGAGGAGCUUGAUCGUCAAUACUUUAAAACCCUUCCAUAAUCAGCUAAAUAAACUUAAUUGCAAGAUGAAAAGAUAAAUAAGAAUCUUUUACAGAGAAAAAUGAACACUUCUGUAUAAUCUAGAGAUAACCUUAAUGCAUCUCCUGGUAAAAACAUGAGAAGAAGUAGUGCAAUAGUCAAUGUUAAUCCCAACUAAGGAGUGUUUUUCCCUCCAGGGUUCAGUAAUAGUCCUAGGAAAGAACUUUCAUAGUAGUAAAUAGAUGCAGGAUUCUUUGGCUAUUUGCCACACAAAAAUGAGAGUUUAUUUAAACAGUAAAAAUAAGAAAACAAAAAUUUUAGCGAAAUAAAUAAUUCUCCAAUUUCCUAUCCUUCUGAUAGUCCUUAUAUAUCAGGAGGAAUUGGAGAUCCUCUUCAAAGGAUGAGAUAAAAGUAGACUAGCGCAACUCCCCUUCUACAAUCAAGAUCAAUUCAAAAUCUUUACAAAGCUGAUAUGAAGCAACUUCAAAAUAGCAUUCCUGCUGGACUUUUUAGUAUAUCAUAAAUCAGUUCUCCAAUCAUGAAGGACUAAUUUUAGAAUACUAGAUAAAGAGAUUUGGAAUUGAUAGUUGAGGAAAAAGGAUUUUAAGAUAGUAUAAAUAACAUUCCUUAAAGUUCCAAGAAAUUACCUUAUUGUUAAGAAAGUAAAAAGAAAUCUUAUUUCAGUACUCAGGCUCAAAAGAUGCCACCAACUUAAAAAAUUAGCAGAAUAUCAUGCAUCCAAGGGGGUAGUUAAAGCCCAAUGAGCAAAGGUUCAAUUAUAUCCCCUAAUUCUAAGUCUCACAAAAGACAAAGUUCAGAAGAAUACAGUGUCUCCGAUAGCAAUCAGAGUGAAGAGUUUGAAACUUAAUCUAUAGAUCAUUAAUAUAAAGUAAGGGUAAUUGAAUCUCCAGAACCACCUGAGCUUAACUUAGUUCAAAAGAAGAGUACUUUUAGUAAGAAUAACAAAAAAGAUAGUAAAGAUAAAUAGUUCCUAGAUUUGGGAAAUAUCAUGGAGCUGAAAAAAAUGACUUUCCCUCAAAAUAUGAAUAGUGGAGAUAACAUUGAUCAUUAAGAAAGUCAAAGAACUUCUCUCUCUGAUAGAAACAAGUUUAUCUUCCAUCAAAGAAAUUACUCUUGCAAUGAAAAGGGUAGUUAAAAAUCUGCAAAUACAAAGUCCCCUAGAAGAAAAUCAUAAUACAUGAAGAACAUUUCUGAGUUUAAAGGACUAAAAACAUAAGAUAGCAAUCUGAGUAUAAAGCAUGAGUGCUAGUCAGAUAUAGUAGUAGGAAACAAUUAUGAGAAGGAAUUCGAAUCAGUGGAGGAGAAUGAAACAUUUUCAGAUUAUCAUGAAAUGUUUUUCGUCAAUGAGCUCUUUAAAGAUAAUAAAAGAUUUGAAUCCUUGCUUUUUAGAAUAAGAAAGAGAAGAAAGACAAUGCCAGAUGAAAUUGAUGAUUUGGAUCUUGACGAUGAUGAUAAUAAUCAAAGAAAGUAGUCACUUAACUUAUAAGAUUUGAAAAUUGAUGAGUCUGAUGAGGAUAAUGAUGGCAAUGAAGAUCAAGAUGUUUUGACAAUGUCAAGAGUAAGGUUUAAUUCUGUUUGUGUACUACCCUCAUAAAUUGACAGUUGCUCUUUAGAAAAUUACGAGAAGCAUAAUGAUCAAGUUACGAUUCAUGAUUUUAUAUUGCUCAAAACAAUAUCUAAAGGUGCAUAUGGCAAGGUAAUUCUGGCAAGAAAGAAGAAUACAUCGGAUCUUUUUGCAGUUAAAGUUUUAGACAAAGAGAAAAUGGUUGAAAAAAAUGUAACUGAAUAUGUUAUGAAUGAAAAAGAUAUACUUAAUCAGAUGUCGAAUGAGUUCAUCGUAAGAGGUGUUUAUACAUUUUAAUCAAAGAAGUAUCUAUAUAUGGUAAUGGAAUUUAUGAAAGGAGGAGAUUUCGCUGCAUUACUUGAAUAAUUUGGAUACUUUGAUGAGGAUACUGCAAAAUACUAUCUGGCAUAAAUAGUUUUAGCUCUGGAAUACUUACAUCAAAAUGGAGUAAUUCAUAGAGAUUUGAAGCCAGACAAUGUGCUAAUUGAUGCUGAUGGUCACAUCAAGCUUACUGAUUUCGGAUUAUCAGAAGCAGGCUUAAAGCAUUUUAAAGAAACUGUUCAAAGAGAAAAUAUUAAUGGAGAAAGUGGAGUCAGUCUCUUACUUCAUAACGAUAAGAAAGAUCUAGAUAUGUAGAAGGACAUUUAAAAUGUUCUUGGACUUGAGACUCUUAAUUUGAUUAAGGAAACUUAAGACCCACUGGGAAGCAUGAAAAGAAUAAAGACAUUGCCUUCUGGAGAGCUAAGUCCUCAUACCUAAGAGGAGUUUAAGAAAGCUCCAACAGUAGUAACUGCACACAGCAAAUUCGGUGAGUCUCUUUUACCUAUUCUCCAUGCAAAUACAAUUCUUCAUCAUGAUCAGCCUAUUAGAAGAAAAAAUUCAGCUGUAGACAAAGAUAAAUUGGCGAAAAAGAGAAUACUUGGAACAGCAGAUUAUAUGGCUCCAGAAGUUAUUCAAGGCAAAGACCACACAUAUGUCCUAGAUUUUUGGAGUUUAGGAGUAGUUGCCUAUGAGUUUUUAACAGGAGGGUUACCAUUUAAUGAUGAAUCUCCUGAAAAAGUAUUCAAACGAAUCCUGAAUAGAUAGCUUACAUUCCCAGAAAUAGGAACAGAUGAUGGUUAAAUCACACCAUAGGCAUUUGAUUUCAUCAAUAGACUUUUAACAUCUGAUCCAGCAAAUAGACUUGGAGCUAAAGGCAUUAAUGAAAUUAAGCAUCAUCCCUUAUUCUCUGACAUUGACUGGGAAAAUCUUAUGGAUUCAGAACCACCUUUCAAGCCUGUUGGUAGAGACUAAGAUGCAACCUAUUUUCCCAAUGCUACUGAUAAAGAUGAAGAACUGAAGGUUAUUCUCAAUGACUAGCCUCAUAUUCAUGAGAAAUAGAUAGUUUAGGAAUUCAAUAAAUUCGAUUCCGUCAGCUACAAUGCAUUAACUAGCAUAAAUGCUAAAGAGGCAAAAAAGGCAAUUAUAAGGGCUGAGAAGUAAAAUAAAUAAUCUAAAUAGCCAAAAAAUAAGUCAUCAAUGUUUGAUGAAUCGAUAUUACAGAUUGAUUUCUUAUCCCUCCACCAAUAUGAGCACAACGAGGAAUUUAAAGAAAUGGAUGAUGAAGAAACUCCAAGUGUAAAUAGAAGGAAAAAUUGA